AUGUAUAACAAAUAUCAUCUCUCUACCAAAAACCUUGAUGGUCCUAAAUUAGAUACAACUCAAGUUAGACGUAAAAGCUGUGUAUGUGAUCAAUGUGGAGAGACUGCCUUAAAAGAAGAUUAAUUACCUAAUUAAUUAUGUGAAAUUGCUAAUCAUAAAAAAACAAGAUUAGCAGAAGUUUUUCUUAGUAAAUUAGAUGGAGCUAGAAAAUAUAUGAGAAAUGAUCAUAAAAAAAAGAAUUUCAAAAUCUAUGCUAGAAAUCCUCUUUUCAUAUUACGCACUAAACCAGAUCUAGAAGAAAGUAUGCAUUUUUAAACCUCUCCUACUAAAACUAAUUCACCAGAAUAAAAACGAAUUAAAACCGAAUAACCUUUAAUCAUUCAUUCUCGCACUCAUAGGUAUAUACCAACUUCAAAUUGCUUUCUUCAAAAUAUCAAAUAAUAAGUUAUGCGUCAAGAUAAAACCAUCAAUCGUCUACUUAAAGAUCGAAAAACUGUUUAAUCUGUAUAAUUCUCUCCUUGUGAAAGCUUACCCAUCAAUAGAUCUCCUUUAAAAAAUAAGAAAAUCUACAAUAAACACUUGAAACCCUUACCAAAAUAGAAACAACUUCAAUGCAAAUUUAAUUGUCUCAUUAGAGAAUUCUUUAACUCUUCUAAACCAAAACAAUACUGA